CUCUCAAUACGAGCGCAGGAGCGCAUGUGGGUGUGCGCCUGUCACUCCGUUGCCAGCUGGACGGACGCAAAGUUGAAAGAAGAGAGGACACCUUGCAGCGCAAGACUGCUCCCUUUGGGCUCCUCUUCGGGAUUUUACAUUUUGGUCUCCUUUUUGCUGUGGUUAAAGUGCCCGAGGUCUAAAUCGGGGCUUGUUGUCCUUUUCGGAGAGUCUCACGUGUCUCCUUUUGGCUCCAGACGCAUCUGUCGUCAACCGUUACCGAGCGCCUGGAGUUGCCAAAAGUCAUGCCGGCCGGGUUUCAGCAACUCGGAGGGGAGACACUGACUGGAACCUUUGUGCUCUCUGUCUUCACUGCUGUGCUGGGAUCUCUAGAGUUUGGAUACAAUAUCGGAGUCAUCAAUGCGCCCCAGAAGAUCAUCGAGCAGGAGUACAAUGCCACGUGGGUGCACCGGUACGGCGAGCCCAUCCCCGCCGGGACGCUCACCUCCCUCUGGUCGCUGUCUGUGGCCAUCUUCUCCAUCGGGGGCAUGCUGUCCUCCUCCUGCGUGGGCUUCGUGUCCGAGUGGCUGGGCAGGAGGAAAGCCAUGCUCAUAAACAACAUGUUUGCCUUCAUUGGUGGAAGUCUGAUGGGGUUGUCCAAGCUCUGCCGCUCCUUUGAAAUGAUGAUCCUUGGACGCUUUAUCAUUGGUGCCUACUGCGGAUUGGCAUCGGGCUUGACGCCGAUGUAUGUGGGCGAGAUUGCUCCGACAAGCCUGCGAGGGGCCCUGGGCACGCUGCAUCAGCUGGCCAUAGUCACUGGCAUCCUCAUCGCACAGAUCCUCGGCCUGGAGUCGUUACUUGGCGUUGAGGAGUUGUGGCCAAUCCUGCUGGGUUUGGCGAUUGUGCCGGCCGUACUUCAGAUGGCGCUUCUGCCUUUCUGCCCCGAGAGCCCUCGCUUCCUCUACAUCAUCCGCUGCCAGGAGCACCAGGCCAAGAGAGGCCUGAGGAGGUUGACGGGCCGUCAGGAUGUGAGCGUCAUGCUGGCGGAGAUGAAGGAGGAGAAGAGGAAGAUGGACAUGGAGAGGAAGGUUUCCAUCCUGGAGCUGUUCCGCUCUCCGCUCUAUCGUCAGCCCAUCAUCAUCUCCAUCCUGCUGCAGCUCUCCCAGCAGCUGUCCGGGGUCAACGCAAUCUUCUACUACUCCACCAGUAUCUUCAUGAAGGCGGGAGUCCAGAGUCCGGUCUACGCCACCAUAGGAGCAGGCGUGGUUAACUGUGCCUUCACCGUGGUCUCGCUCUUCCUGAUAGAGAGGAUGGGUCGACGGACGCUCCACAUGGUGGGACUCGGGGGAAUGUGCGCCUGCGCCGUCGUCAUGACCACGGCUCUCGCUUUGUUGGACAGCGUUCCGUGGAUGAGCUACAUCAGCAUGCUGGCCAUCUUCGGCUUCGUGGCGUUCUUCGAGAUCGGCCCCGGCCCCAUCCCCUGGUUCUUCGUGGCCGAGCUGUUCUCUCAGGGUCCGAGGCCGGCGGCCAUGGCCGUGGCCGGCUUCUCCAACUGGACCGCCAACUUCAUCAUCGGCAUGUGCUUCCAAUACGUUGCCGAGCUAUGCGGGCCCUACGUCUUCCUGAUCUUCGCGGCACUGCUGCUCUUCUUCCUCAUCUUUACGUUCUUCCGGGUGCCGGAGACGCGGGGGAAAACCUUCGACCAGAUCGCGGCGAACUUCCACCAGGACUCUGUAGGAGGGAUGAUGGACAUGGAUCUGGAUCUGGACAAGGCCAGCACCGAGCUGGACUUUUUGGGGGAGGAAAGCAUCAACUGAAAAAGCUCCUGCCUGAAAGGGAGAAGGGACCGAGUAGAGCUUGGAAUGAACUUUUUGGGGCCCUGACUCCAAACUUUUACUUUGACACGUUGUAUUGUAUGUUGAGGUCGACUGUUUAAUUCAUAUAGAUUGCGGUGCCAAAGCAGUGAUAGCAGUGUGACAAUUUGGGGUGUUUUGGAAUUGUCCUUUUCAGGUACCACUGCGAAUUGAGCCUCGACGGAGGCUUAAACCUUUGGAUUCAUAGUUGACUACUGUAUUUGAGGAACAGAACACGAGGGUCUGUUGAGGCAUCGGCUGCCCCUGUGGUACGACUUUAUUCCCGAUGGCAACACCGACCGACGGAGGUGGAGAGACUGCACUUUAUGAUGACAUCCAAAGUUUUCAGUUUGGAUGUAUGACCCCUCCCCACACACACAAACACACAGCCAUAGUCACGUAUACUUGCAUUAAAGUAUAGGAACAGGACUGGUGGGUUUGAAGGAACAUUGCUUCUUUUAAUCACGUAUAUCAAAUGUAGGUAUCAAACAAGUACAAUUUUGGCAUCAAGUCAGCUAUUGGGAUGUGUAGAAACAUUUAAGUCUUCAUCGGCUAACUGGGCUUGUAGUUCGUUCUGAUCUUUAGGCAAAGUGCCAUCACAACGCACAUUUCUGGUCAUGAGAAACAGCUCAACCUCCUGAAAAGCUACUUUGUACACACACACACGUUUAUUUUUUGAUAUUCAGGUACGAGGUUCUAAGCGUAGCAGGUAGCCAGGAACAGUACGACGGUUACUUUUUCUAAAUCACACCGCAUCAUACGUUUCUCUUCUGUGGCGUGUGUGCAGAUUGCCGUAUAUCCUUUAUCGGGGUGUAUCACUACCUUCUGGAGAUUUGUAUUGAGGUUUUUCAGAGUGUAUCUAAUUUGUGAAUUAAGAUUCUGUGGUCAUGUUGGGACUAAAAUGAGGCAAAUACUGUAUAUUAAUGUUACUGUAAACACCUGAGAAGGACUCAGUUAUGUAUACCUAGUUCUGGAAAGUGAGUUUAUGGUUUAAUAAUAAAAUUUAAGAAAUCUAAAGCAGCCAAAAGCAA